UAAGUUUACUUCAAAAAAAAAAAGAAAAAAAGAAAAAAGAAAAAAAAAGAGCUUAUUUUGUAUGAAAAUUAGGGAAAGUUUUUCCACAGACAUGUUCGAUUCCAAAUGUUCGUUUGGUAACGAUCUCCCCCGACUGCAAACAAUUUGCAUCCCUGGGGAUGGAAGAUGCUUGUUCAGAUCUGUGGCUCAUGGUGCUUGCUUAAGAACAGGAAAGCCAUCUCCAAGUGAAAGCCAUCAGAAAGAACUGGCAGAUGAAUUGAGGUCCAAAGUUGUAGAUGAACUCAUCAAGAGACGCGCAGAUACUGAAUGGUUUCUUGAAGGUGAUUUUGAUACAUAUGUUGUGCAGAUGAGACAGCCACACAUCUGGGGAGGAGAGCCCGAGCUGCUCAUGUCUUCACAUGUUCUUCAGAUGCCCAUCACUGUUUUCAUGCAUGAUAAUAAUUCUGGCAGCCUCAAGAUUAUAGCUGAAUAUGGUCAGGAGUAUGGCAAGGAAAAUCCGAUCCGUGUUUUGUAUCAUGGUUAUGGACACUACGAUGCAUUGCGGACCCCAUUUAGUGGGGUGCAAACCAAGUUAAAGCUAAAAGACAUCUUACAGAAUUUUUUUUGGGGCUUUGGCAGGUACAAGAAAAGGUGAAUGAUGAUGGAUACAAACAACAAAGGGUUGCAGGAACUUCAAGUCCAUCGGGAAGUGCGGUUGGUUGCCCAGUAAGUGACGUUUGGCUAGUGGUAUGGUGUAUCUAGACUGCCCAUGUAGUUGGUCCUUGCCCUGAACUGCCUGCAGUUGAAAAUCAAGCGAAAUGGACAGUCCUAUCCAAAGGAGAAUCCAGAGUCGAGAAAGGGGGUUCCAACUGGAAUCUGACCACUGGAAUCUGACAACUAGGAUGAACCUUUGGAUGUGAUUUUUAACCAAGGGCUAUCUACGGACACAACACACUAGAUGGACGGAGAGGAUCCACCUUCUAACCUGCUUUGUUUCAGGUGUUGGAUGAUGAAUGUCCCUUAUCCAGCAUAACAGACAAGGGGAAUUAAUUGAUACGUUGCAGAGUAUCUCGCAUGAUAUUCAGGCAUUCAGUGACUGUGUAAGUAGCAAAAAUU